AUGCCCCAACAGCUAGUGUCGCCCGAAGAGUUCUUGACGAAACUUGAAGGAUGUUUUUCCGAUCCUUCUUCCUCAAGUUCCGUCUGGUUGACUCAUAAGCGAUUGACCCACUCGACCGAUGGAGAUGUACAGAUGGGAGACAAGAAAGAAGAUGGUGAUGGACCAGAUUACGAGGUGUUGAUACGAUGUACACAGGGGGAUAUCAAGUUUUCCGCCAAGAUCCCCGCAUCUUCACUGUCGACUUUCCACUCAACCUACGGGGCCUUACUGAAAUCUUCCUUCGCUCCGUUAAUGCGUAAACGAGAUAAGAAGAAGGAAAAGUUACGUGCCGAGUCGUUAGCGAAGAAACGAAGAGAGGUAUAUGUCGAUGUGGUAGUUGGUGAAGGGGGUAAGAGAGGGAAAGGGAGGAGACAAAGACAACGAAAAAUUAAAGCUCAAAAGAAGAAAGAGUCAGAACGGGAGAGGAUAGAGACUCAGAAAACAAGUGGAGAGACAUAG